UUGAUGCCUUUCUGCCAUUUACACAGACGGCCUGUGCACAAAGAGCAGAAAUAAUCAUCACAUUUUUUACUGGAUAUUGCUAUCUUUACAGCUAACUAGCUAGCGGUUUUAGGUAGGGACCCGGCAUUGGUGUAUAUUAGGCGGAUUUUAUAGCCAUUUAUCUGAAUGUGAAGCUGUCACUUUAACAGUCCUAGCAGAAACGGUGACCUAGUUGGCUGUACAGAAUUUAAAGUUUAAUUCCUUUAUUUGACCUUACUAGUUAUGCACCGAUUAGCUGUGUUGCCUGCGAGGUCCACCAUUAGUUCUCUCUUCACUCUUCUACUUCUGUCUUUUGUUGAGACAAGUCCAACAUUGAUGCCAAGUUCAAAACUGUAGCCAGUGUCAGAAAGUUAUUUUAGGUGCAGAAAAAAGUAAUUCGGGGAAUCUAGGUGUUUCGUUUGUGUUAGCCAUCGGAUUGUCAUCUUUCCCCGUUUCAAACGAUUGUGUCCCUCGAUGCAUUUGAGAGGCUGAAGAAACAUACUGGCGUAUAAUCGAAAGCAGUAUUUGUACACUAGGGUUUUUACAGAAGGGAACAAUGGGAUUCCUCAUGUCUAAGUCCAUGGAACAGAGCAUGAAAAAGCAGCAGGAGUUUAUGCUGCUCAAUGGUAGACUUCAGCUGGAACGCCAAAUUCUGAUGCAGAACCAGAUGAGAGAGCGGCAGGUGGCCAUGCAGAUCGCCUGGUCCAGGGAAUUCCUCAAGUACUAUGGCAGUUUCUUUGGCCUUGCUGCCUUUGGCCUCUCCGUCGGUGCUAUGAAGCGGAAGAGCCCUGGUCUCUUCGUCCCCAUUAUUCCGCUGAGCUUCAUCUUGGCCUACCAACUGGACACGGCCUAUGGGACUCUGCUGCAGCGCAUGAAGAGUGAAGCGGAGGACAUUAUGGUGACAGAGCACGAGCGCUUGGAGCUUCCGCACGGGACGCCCACCUUUGAGGCCAUCGAGAAAGCACGGCGAGCCCAGAGCGCCUUCUUCCUGGAGAAGUGAGCUUCUCUCAGACGUCGCCGGCUCACCUGUGGGUUUUAGUAUCAGCCAAAAUGUCGGGAACCGUGUAACACUAAUUUAUUCGUAAUUAUGGUCGUAUGCAUUUCUCUGCAUCUACCUGUCAGUAGCAGCUUUGGGGGUUCAGUGUCACCCUGGGAAAUAAAUAAAAGCAGAGCUGCCAUCUUUCUGUCAUCGACACCCGUGGAACACACAGUCUGUCAGUCUGAAUCAGCAGGAGUCAUCCUUCAUAGACAUAUGCUCAGUUACUUAUUUGGCUGGACUCUACCUAAAAAGUGAUGUAUAUGUAUUUUAAAAUUUGUACAAUGAAUCAGUCCAAUCUGUCAUUUGUCAGUUUUGUUAUCAUAACAACCCAAUAUAUGCUGACAUUCAACUUUUUUGAAGAGCACUUUUAAUUUUUUUUUUUUUUUACUAUUGUGGCCAAACUUCAUGCAGUUGUUAAUGGUUUCUGAGAUGAUCCCAAUAAAUCACUUCAUGCUAUAGGCAUGUAUGUAUGUGAUGUAAAAGAGUGUUUUGAACCAGUAAUGAUGUAUCUCUUGAUUUUAUUAUGUGAAUUACGUUGAGAUUUGCCUGGAGCUUCAUAUGUCAAGUAAAAUUGUCUUUGAGACCGCA